CCCAAUGUGAGGCGGUCAACAGUUGCCUCCAUUGUACGCAUUUUUCGACAAACCAACAGGUAUGUAUUGCAUUUUACAUGGAUUAUUUGUAUUCUCACUUGACAUGUCAAUACAGUAAGGCCAUACAGAAACGCUAACAUAGAAUUUUUUGUCCCUCUAAAGGAUGCAACGUCUUCCUCCCUCUGGGGGAAGAGGAAAGCUCCUCAAUAAUGAUCAAGAGCUUGCCAUUGUGGAAAUGGUAGUUGCAAAUAAUGCAAUAAAACUCCAUGAACUGCAAACUCGGAUUGUAGAAGACAAUGACAUGUUUGAAAAUGUUGACAGUAUCAGCCUCACAACAAUUGCACGGACAUUAUCCAAACACAGAGUGCGGAUGAAGCAGCUCUACACUGUUCCCUUUGAGAGGAAUAGUGAAAGAGUCAAAGAGCUACGGCAACAAUACAUCCAGAGAGUUAUGGAAUUGGAGGCCAACCAGGCACCUCAUGAGUUCAUCUACCUUGAUGAGGUGGGAUUCAAUCUGGCCAAAAGGCGUCGUCGUGGACGAAAUGUUAUUGGACAAAGGGCCACAGCUGAUGUGCCAGGACAGAGAGGGGCAAACAUAACAAUGUGUGCGGCGAUUUCAAACGCAGGAUUGCUGCUUCACAGAUGUCAGGUUGGACCCUACAAUACAGAGCGCCUCCUUGCCUUUCUUGAUGAUCUCCACCAUCACCUCAUCCCACAGCAGAAUCAAGAAGGUGAAAACAUGAGGACCUUUGUGAUCAUCUGGGACAAUGUGGCAUUCCAUCAUUCCCAAGCAAUUACAGCAUGGUUUGAAGCCCACCCAAGACUAGUGCGUCUGUUCCUUCCACCCUAUUCACCUUUCCUCAACCCCAUAGAGGAGUUCUUUUCUGCUUGGAGGUGGAAGGUUUAUGACCAUCAGCCACAUGACCAGAUGUCCCUCCUUGAAGCCAUGGAUGCUGGCUGCAGGGAAAUCACAGCUGAUAACUGCCAAGGGUGGAUCCGUCAUACUAAACGCUUUUAUCCCAGGUGCAUUGCCUUGGAUAAUAUCAGAUGCGAUGUUGAUGAAAACAUGUGGCCUAACCCUGAAGACCGCAGAGAUUAGAUAAUUACUUUAGAAAUGUUGUGCUUUUAUUAUUUUGAGCUUUUUGCAUUUUUUUUCUUUUUCAGAAUGUUCUUUUGUGUUUCAUGGAUAUUUUGUUCACUUUACUGUAAGCAGUACUGUAAAAGUGUUCUGUUCUAUCCCACUGUAAACAGUACCUAUAUCUACUGUACCUCUUGUAGUAAACAGUAAAUGAAUAAAAAAAUGAUUUGGUUUUUAGUGGAAUGCUUUUACAUACAGUUCCCAACCAGGAAAUUUAGUGUAGAAAUGUUGUAUUGCAUGUUUUACAUGCAAAUAUCUGUAAAACUGAAACAAACACAAGUCUAUGCAGUAAUAUCAACAAUAGCCAGUGUUUUGAAGCCUGGUGUACUUUGACUGACUGCAUGUACCUUCUGAAGUGAAAACAAGUGUUAUUCUUUGACAACAUAAUGUCAUUGUGGGUCAGAUUUCCAGUGUUUUGGUAAAGUUAGUUUGUACAGAGAAAGGUGUGUUCUAUUUUGAAAUGAAGAGUUAGUAUAUAUUUAACAAUAUGUGUUUUUGAGAAGAAAAUUAUCCAUUUGGCCAAUUGUGCUUUGUAGGUGUGAGUCUGUGUUAAGAGUUUAGAAAAAGUAUCAGAAGUAUGGGUGAGUGCUUGUUAGCGACUGAAAAAAA